AUGGCUGAUCAACUAAACGAAGAGCAAAUUGCCGAAUUCAAGGAGGCUUUCUCCCUUUUUGACAAAGAUGGUGAUGGCAAUAUCACUACCAAGGAGUUGGGUACCGUUAUGCGUUCGUUGGGGCAAAAUCCAACGGAAGCGGAGUUGCAUGAUAUGAUCAAUGAAAUUGACUCACAUGGUAAAGGCGCAAUUGAUUUCCCCGAAUUUCUUAAUCUCAUGGCCAGAAAGAUGAAGGAGACUGAUACCGAAGAGGAGCUGGUACAGGCUUUCAAAGUGUUUGACCGUGAUGGAAAUGGAUUUAUAUCCGCUGCUGAACUACGUCACGUAAUGACAAAUUUGGGCGAGAAGUUGACUGAUGAGGAAGUUGAUGAAAUGCUAAAGGAAGCUGACGUUGAUGGUGAUGGCCGCAUAAACUAUGAGGAGUUCGUCAAACUAAUGGUUUCCCAAUAA